AUGCCCGCAGCCUGUCUCUCUCUCUCUCAGCCUGUCGAGCAGCUUCCGCGGCGCACAUGCGCCGCGGGGUUGAACGACAGCCGCGCCUCUCGAGCCACCCGUGCCACGCGCGGCGACGCGCACCCUGCGCGCCAGUCGGCGCAUUGGCAGUACUGCACCAGCCAGCACGGCGUGGAGCAAUGCAUCCAGGGCAUUGUGUUGGGCGCCGCGCGCACAAAUUCUUUGAAAGCGGCGUGCCAGGGCGCUCAGUCGGAAGUCGCGGCUCUUCUGGUCGCGAGCGGUGCGGACACCACUCUGAGCAACGGAGACACGAUACUCAGCAACCUGAUCACCACUGCAAACGCGUUGAAUGAGCACCUGGUCUCCGGGAGAUCCCCGCAAGCGGCCAACGGUGGGAGAUCCCAGCAAGUGGUCCACGAACAGCGGACAGCGAUCGCCCAGUUGCUGGGACUCGCCUCCGACAGCCUGAAGGCCGACGUCGAGAAGGCCAUCUCGCCGCUCUCCGUCAGCGAGGCGCUCUACGAAGCUGCCCUGGCCGGCUGGCUCGGGCUGCUCGAGCAGAUGCUGAAGCAUGGCGCAGACGUCCUCGCGCUCCUCCUCGAGGCGAGGGCCAACCCCGACACCGCCUCCGCGGCGAGCGGCCACACGGCGCUGUCCAGCGCCUGCUCCACCGGCCUGGAGAAGUGCGCGCUGCUCCUCGAGUGCUAUGGCGCCCGGCGCCACACGGCUCACAGAGUCCCGGAGGCGCUGUCCGGUGGCGAACUCGAGACGAUCGAGGUCGACCAGCUCGCCUCUGUGGCCGAGUUGGUCGACUGUGGCAUGCGCGACUUCAUGCUCGACACGUCUGACUGGGUCUCGCCGCUGCACUUCCGGCUUGUGGCGCCACUCGCCCGCACCCGCGCCCUGCUGCGCGACGGCGCGGAGACGUGGCCGGCGAGCGCAGACGUGUUUGCCACCCUCGAGCUCCCGCGGCGCUGGAGGGACGCGCGCCGCGACUGCCACGCGACGCCGAUGGCCGACGCGCGCGCGUGGCUUGCGGGCAAGCGCGUCGGCGCGCUGUGGCCGUCGCAAGCCGACAGCUGGUCGGAGCCGGGCAGGCGCAGCGCGGUCGAGGGGCGGGUGGAGGAGGCGCACGUCACCGCGGCCGCGGCGCUGCUCGUCGAGGCGCGAGAGCGGUCGCACGCCCUCUUCCCGCCCCAGAUGCGAGCCCGCGCCUGCGACCUCGCCUGGCUCGGCCACUUGGCAGCCCGCGCCCUCGAGGCGCUCGCCGAGGAGCGCGCAUUCGAUGCGAUCAUUGGCGAGCGCGAGCGCGCCGUCGAGCUGGGCGUGCUGCGCGCGCAUGAGGUGGCGGAGGUGGACGCGCUGACCGACGCGAUCGCCCGCGGCAAGCUGAGCGUGCGCGACGCGCUGCAACAGCACCGGCCCGCGGUGGCGGCGCUGGACCCGGCGUGCGUCGCUCGUGCGCCGCACUUCUCCGCCGUCGCGCUGCUCGACGCGUGGCGGGACCGCAUCAUGCCGCAAGCGCUGCGGCGCGACGACCGGGCGCUGUGGUAUUGCUCCCCCGGCCAUGGGUCGAUGCAGGCGGCUAGCCAGCUCUCGGACGCGCUCUACAUGUCGAGUCGCCGGCCGGCUCGUUGGCUCGGUGGCACCACGGUCCUGAUCUCUGGAGUCAGGAGCGCUGCCCACGCGCACCUCAACGGCACGACGGGCACUAUCCGCGACAUGUUCCCGACCGCGAGCGGGCGCUGGCCAGUCCGGACGGACUGGGGCGUGCUCGCGCUAAAGCCGGAGAACAUCGCGCCGGCUGGCCUGGAGGCUUUCCGCUGA